ACCUUCACAAAGAGAAAAAAGAAGAAUAAGGCAAGGAAAUAAUUUUUCAUACUAGAAGACAGUAGCCUGAAAAAAGUAAAACCCGUAUUCCAAAGCUAAAACUUUAUAUAAAUUUGUCGAUAAACAUGAAAUAUGGAUAGUAAUAAAGAAAUUGUGGAGAAAAUAAUAACACCAGAGUUAUAUUUCCUAAUUUCGAAGUUUCUAUCUGCUGGGCCACUAAAGGAAACUGCACAGGUCCUAAUCCGGGAACUUGAGGAUAAGAAGGUUUUGCCGAAGCGAUUAGACUGGCUGGGCAACGAACAUGAUCAAUCGUUUGCAGAAUUGGAAAAACAAUAUGCUCAUAUUGGAUCAAACCAUUUGGUCGACAUUUGCUGUCGUAUUGGUCCCAUUUUGGAUAAGGAGUUGACGCCCAGUGUACCUGGACUAGUAUCGCUUUUGGGCGCUGGGCGUCAGAGUUUACUUAGAACUAAGGAUAGCAUAUUUAAAUCUAGAUCAUUGCUAGAUUACUGCACAAGACUUCAUGGAGUUUCACUGCCAGAUUCAGCUGUAACAAAACCAAUACAUAAUUUCCAAAAAGUGUUAAUUGGACGGGAAUAUGGAGGUCCAGUAAGACGAAAGCUUUUAGUUCCUACAAGCUUGUUUUCGAAAACGAAACUGCUACGUCGCACUGUAGGACAUCUUUCGUCAGUUUAUUGUGUUCUCUUCGAUCGCACAGGGCACUACAUUAUAACUGGUGCUGACGACCUAUUGAUUAAGAUCUGGUCCGCAAUGGAUGGUCGGCUUUUGGCCACUCUUAGAGGAGCGUCGGCAGAAAUCACAGACAUUGCUAUAAAUCUCGAUAAUACCAUGUUGGCUGCAGGUUCUUUGGAUAGGAUAUUGCGUGUUUGGGAUUUGCAGACCACAUCUCCAAUAGCGGUGUUAUCAGCUCACACAGGAAUGAUAACAUCCGUCAAUUUUUGUCCUUCUCCUAGGGGAGAUUUGAAAUACUUAGUGACAACUAGUACGGACGGUUCCAUAGCCUUUUGGCAGUACUCUACACCUAGAGGCCAGAAAAUAACGUUCGCCCCCAAGCCUAUACAAUACCAUGAAAAGUUACGUCCAGGUCAAGCUCAAAUGAUGUGUACGUCGUUUUCGCCUGGGGGAAUGUUUUUGGCAGCGGGGUCAGCAGAUCACCAUGUUCGCGUUUAUCUUAUGUCCGAGGAUGGACCAAAACGAAUUCUAGAAACAGAGGCGUAUACUGAUGCUGUUGAUUCCGUCCAAUGGUCCCAUCGUGGCCUUCGUUUCAUUUCGGGGAGCAAGGAUGGCUCUGCUCACAUAUGGACUUUUGAGUCGCAGCAGUGGAAGAGCGUUAAAUUAUGUAUGACCGAGCGCUUACCAACCUGUCCAGAACCUGAAGAAGGUAAAAAGCUAAAAGUUACAAUGGUUGCAUGGGACUGCUCGGACAAAUAUGUCAUUACUGCGGCUAAUGACUUUACGAUUAAAAUAUGGAAUGCGAAAACUGCCAAACUUCAUUGUGUUUUACGUGGACACAAAGAUGAACUCUUCGUAUUAGAAUCGAAUCCAAAAAAUGAGCACGUUUUACUAUCGGCCGGUCACGAUGGUCAGGUUUUCUUGUGGGACAUUGAAAAGGGGGAGUCAGUGGCCCAUUUUGUAAAUAAUAUUGAUGGCCAAGGACAUGGUGGGGUGUUUGACGCGAAGUGGUCCCCGGAUGGAACAAUGAUUGCCGCUACGGAUUCUCACGGCCAUAUACUAAUAUUUGGUUUGGGAGUAGGUCCUGACCGAUACAAAAUUCUCCCCACCGAGUUGUUCUUCCAUACGGAUUAUAGGCCGUUGCUGAGAGAUGCGUCGCAUCAUGUUGUUGACGAACAAACACAGGUUAUGCCGCAUUUAAUGCCACCACCAUUCUUAGUUGAUUCAGAAGGUAAUCCACAUCCAGCCAGGUUCCAGCGCUUUGUACCGGGAAGGGAAAACUGUCCUACUGAUCAAUUGAUACCGAAUUUAACAGUGGGCCCUGACGGAAUCUUGGAAGAAAAUGGUCUAAGUAACCAAAAUGGUCCGGCUGGUGGAAAUUAUUCCCACAUUGAUCGCUUAAUUGCCGCACUGGCAAAUCGGCAAGGGGGAAGCAACAGUGGAAAUGUCAAUGCCAAUCAGCAAAGUCCACCCACAUCGGGGGCGAAUAGGUCCCAAUUAGAUAGAAUGAUCGAAGCCUUGGCCAAUCGUCAGGGACACGAUGUCGCCCCAGACUCCAACAAUCGUCCGUCUGGUAACGUUCUUGGUAAUGGUCCAAGCACGUCGCGAAAUGCUUCACUAGACGGGCGAAACUUGGAAUUAAUGCAGCAGCCCCGGCAGGGUACAACAUGGGGUCGUCCUCCAUCUGAUCAACAAUCUCUGCAGCCAGCUCCUCUUAAAUAUGUUCGCAGAAUAUAUGUACGCCCAAUGAAAUAUGCACAACUUCAAAAUCUAAAACAGACUGUUUACGCUGCAGGCCAAUACGAAAUGCAAGAAUAUAAACGUGAAAUGCGUCGACGACCGAUAAUGAUAAGCACGGCAAGUGUAUUAAACGCGCAGUCAACUAACGGACGUAACCGAAAUACUCGAGGUUCCGACCGCAUUGGAAGGCGACGAAGUGGCCGCCCCGCAGGACAGCAAACAAACCAGCCAGCAUAUCGAACGAGAGCUGUUCGGGAUCAGGAAGAAAUCGAAGAACCAUCAGUGCCUGAAGUGUUGGAGGAGGAUGAAGAAAGCAGCAACUCUUCUGGCGAUACAAGCUAUUCAAAUAUUGAAGAAUUAGACGAAUCUUCCGAUGAUUCUGAUACAGAAUCGUCUGAUUAUUCCGACUGGGUAGCUGAUACUCCAGGCCCGAAUUUAGAGCCACCCAAGCGUUCUAAACGUAAGCCUCUUUCUCGAAAAAGGACAAUGAGCGAAGACAGUAGUGAUGAUACUACUGAGCAGCCCACCACAUCUGCAAAAGCCGCAAGAAAGAGCAAAAAGGUUUUAAUUCCACCAGCCGCUUCAAAUGGAGAAAUUCCCGAAAUAUAUAGGCCGGCAGAAUGGUUGUCGGAAGUUAUUCCACGAAAAACUCCGUAUUAUCCACAAAUGGGAGAUGAAGUUGUUUACUUUAGACAAGGCCAUCACCGUUACAUUGAAGCCGUACGCAUGAAAAAGGUCUACAAAGUGUCGCACAGCUCAGAACCUUGGAGUUUUCAUACUCUUCGAGACAAAGAGCUAGUUAGAGUUAUUGGAAUCAAAUAUGAAAUUCGGCCACCUCGGUUGUGUUGUCUCAAGUUGGCUAUUAUCGACGAAGACGGGAAUAUGACGGGCACUACAUUUAAAAUUAAAUAUCAUGACAUGCCCGAUGUGUUGGAUUUCAUAGUUUUGCGUCAGACCUAUGACCUAGCUGUGCAGCGCAACUGGAGCAUUGGUGAUCGUUUUCGUUGUAUGAUAGGGGACGGUUGGUGGAUGGGACAGAUUGAGUCACGGCAUGCAUUAUCAUCGGAUUUUCCUGACUCGCCAUUUAUGUGUUUCCGAGUUCGUUGGGAUAACGGCGAAUAUGAGUAUAUGAGUCCCUGGGACAUGGAACCCAUUGAUGAAAAUCGUUUACCCGACGAAGUGGGAGGAGCCGUGCCUGUACUACCAGAGGAAAUUCGAGCAACUCUAUAUCAACCCAAAUCUGAAGAGUGGCAUCGCGGAGAUCGGGAUGGUUCUUGUCGGCGCAUUAUUAACGGACUCGAGCAGGUUAUGCGCCUAUCAAUUGCAGAACACUUUUUGGCGCCUGUUGACUUGAAUAUAUAUCCUGACUAUGCCUAUCUGAUAGAAUAUCCCAUUGAUUUAACCACGAUCAAAUCAAGGUUUGAGAAUCAUUUCUACCGUCGGAUUACCUCUGCACAGUUUGAUGUUAGAUAUUUGGCAACUAAUGCUGAAAAGUACAACAGAAGACAUACAAAUAUAGUCAAACAUGCACGAAUUAUUACCGAUCUGUGUCUUCGUAUCAUACGGGAGUCAAACGACAUUGAUGUCGCCGCAGUUUAUCAUCAAUUAGUUGAUGUUUAUCAUUCAUCCGAGUCUGAAAACGGCAAUGAAUCAGAUGUAGUCCCCUCAACCAGUACAGGUCCGUCUACUUCAGCAGCUGCUGCCAAGGCUCGACACAGCAUGCCCUCAACAAGAAGGUCUAAACGUAUGCGAUCCGACGCCGACUGGCGUGCCGAUUGCCGCCAGUUGUUGGAAAUGAUGUUACAGCGACCCGAUUCACUGCCUUUCCGAGAACCAGUAGACACCAUCGAGUUUCCGGACUACUUGGAGAUAAUCUCCACACCUAUGGACUUAAGAACAGUUAAGGAAGACUUGCUGGGAGGCAACUAUGAGGAUCCUUUAGAUUUUGCAAAAGAUGUUCGUUUAAUAUUUCAAAACUCCAAAAAUUAUAACACCAACAAGCGAUCGAGGAUAUAUUCAAUGACAUUGCGUUUAAGUGCUCUCUUUGAGUCUCACAUUAAAACUGUUAUCAGCAAUUGGAAAGCUGCCAGAAGACGAGCUAAUAAGAACAAAUCACGCAGCGGCACGUCGGGUCGAGGGUCUAGCAGCAGUCCCACUAAACGCGCUCCGUCCGACAGAACACGCUCAACGGGAAAAAGAGGGACGUCGAGUAGAAAUACAAGGCGCAUACAUAGUUCGGAAGAAUCUUCUAACCAUGAUGAUGACGACGACAACGAGCCACCUCGUGGGACGCAGCGAAGCGCAAGAGGCUCAAAUAAUCGAGGAGGUACGACAGCAAGUACAUCAAGCUCGAAUCGUGUUACAUCAUCUUCAUCCCAUAAAAGACAUAAUGACGUCGAUGAUCCACAGCCGGGUACUUCAAGAGCUUCACGACAAAGAAAUCGUGCGGCUGGGAAUGAUGAGGAGGAAGAUGCUCUGUCCGCCAUGUCGUCGGAGUCAGAUGAAGAUGACAGUGAAAGUGGCACAUCAAGCACAUCGACAUCAUCCGACAAUAGUCUAAGCGAAAAUUCCGAAGAAAGUUAUAGUCCAGAAAAAGACCGUAAGACCAAAAGCCGUAAAAGACAUCAUAAAUCAGGACGUAAGACCCAAAAAGGCCCACGAAAUAAAAGAACCCGUCGCCGUCUCUCAGACGAAGAUACCGACGAGGAUUUCGAUUUAGAAAGUCAUAAGAAACAUAAAAAUACAGGUAGAAAAGUGCGAAGAAGUCAAAACGGAAAUCAGCGUAGUGUCGGUGGAGGUGCUGUCUCACAUGUUGAUGAAAGCACGCAGGAUACUAUUACACAUACACCCAAGAAAAAGGGAAGGCCUCCAAAAUCAUCAUCGCGUACCCAGAACGAUGCAUCAAAUUCGCUACUUGAAAGUCCCUCACGCAACACGAGAACUCAAGCCGUAUCUCAAACAAAUUCUUCUGGCGUGGGGCGCAGAUCUGCUGCUGAAAAUGAUCAUAGUUACCAUUUGCCAGUGCGCAAUGGCCGAGUUGUGGAGUCGGAUAACGAUUCUAGGGAAGUUGCUACGCGGCCAACAAGAGCCAGUGUUAAACGAGCCAUUAUGGAAUGGGCACGUGCCGAAAGUGACGGCGAUGGAACUGAAGACGCUGAAGAGAUACUACCAACACCCACACCAACAAAGUCCAACCAUUACACUAGUCGGGAUGAAAACGGACCUUCAACGAGUAAAGCUGCAGCUGCCGCUGCCACGGCUGCUUCGUCAGCUGUUGUACGGCACUUACGAACGAAUCGGAAUACUGUCGUAGAGCCACAAAACGAUUCUGGCGAUGAUGACAGUGACGAUGAGCCUUUGGCGUCAAGUCAAAGUUCGCAAACUCGACAACAAAGAAAGUUAAUCUCACCUCACCCUACACAUCUGCAGCGACGCCAAGAUGGACAUAUGGUAAAAAUUGUAGCGUCGUCAUUGCCAACCACCCAUAUGACGCGGUCACAUGCCACGUCCACUACUCCAAAUGUAGCUACUACCUCUGCCACGGCGUCAUCGCAACCCACUGUUCAUGAUCAUAAUUAUGUUGGGGAUCCAGGACCUUCGACAUCGAGUGCAGCUCUGCGUAAUUCAAGAAGAGUCCUUUCGCGACAUCAACGAAAUGCUGACGAAUUGGACAUCAGUUUAGAACCGUUGGAGAAUUCGAUGUUGAUUUCAGCAAGUACACGUCUAAGACGUGGAAUGCCCACUUCAACUACCGCUGCACCUGCUUAUCAGAGAGACACACAACACGCAGCUGUUACAGUACGAAGAGGUCGGUCGCGGUUUAGUCAAGAGAAUUCUCAAACAGAGCCAUCUGCCGACGAAAAUGUUCAUGAGGACGAAGAAGACGGCGUUUCAGACAUGGGCACGGGUGGAUCAACCGAAUCGUCUGUCAGUGAUGACGAAUCCGAUUCGGAGGACAACCAGCCUCUUACAUCUUAUGUACCUAAAUCUAGGAACUCAAAAAAGCCUCGAGCUAAACGACGACGGUCAGAUGACUCCUUUGUAGCUGACGAGGACGACGAAGACGAAAAAUACACCAGCACUCGGCGCCAUACCUCUCGUGGAUCUAAGAAGUCCAACGCAGAAGGAUCCAGUAGAUAUGGUGGUCGCGACCGUAUGCAAAGGGGUGCCCGUAAUCAGAAGCGCCCUCGUUACAACGAACUUAGUGACGAAGAAGAAUCCGUUAAUACCAGUGGCAGAGGUAGGAAAUCUCGCAAUGACUCGUCUGCAAUAGGUGAAACACCUGCCAACGACGACGUAGACGCGAGUACGAUGGAUAGUGAAGAUGAUCAGCUCAUAAGUGUUAGCAGCAGGGGCCGCGUACGCAAAAUUACUGCCAAAGCGAGAGGGAUUUUCAAGGAAUAAUUAGAGCCAUCGUCUUCAAUGGUAUUAGAAUCCAAGGGUGUCUCGCGUAUUUAAAAAUACAUGCGUAGGUGUAUGUUUGGUGAACAUAAUUCAAGCGACGCCAUUUUUAUUUAGUUUUUAUGUAUAGUUCCACUUUAUUCACAUCUCAAUCCAUUAAAAACCAUUUGGCAACGGUCAUUGUUGUUACCUUCUUAACUUCAUUCAAUUGUAAAAUAAGUAACAUACGAGUGAUCGAGCAAUUAUUCACAUUCAACCUAUGUAACAGGUGUCCCAAGCGUCAAUCUGGCUAACAUUUUAUUCGCCGUAUUUAUUACGUUAUCAUUGUGUGGGUUAUGUCACGCUCAUCGGCUGGUAAUAUGUAAUACCUGCUACUCAUUUAUAUUUAUUAUUGAAAAUAAAAAUACAAAACUAAUACAUUAAAGUACACGUAAAUUUUAAGUUUAUCACAAUACAAUUACAAAAUAAAUAUGUAUAAAAAACCUGA